AUGCCAGUCUUGAAGGACGCCAUGCCCCUUAUGAAGGAGCCCCAUCCCCUGCCUCAGGCCCCGCUUCCCUGGAUCCUCCCAAGCCUGUUUGCUGCCUUCAAUGUGGUGCUGCUGGUAGUUCUCAGUGGCCUUUUCUUUGCGUUCCCUUGCAGGUGGCUGGCCCAGAAUGGGGAGUGGGCUUUUCCUCUUGUCACAGGCCUCCUCUGUGUCCUCACCUUCUUCAGUCUCGUUUCACUCAAUUUCUCAGACCCGGGCAUCUUGCAUCAAGGCUCCAAUGAACAGGGCCCCAUGAUGGUGCAUGUGGUGUGGGUGAACCAGAGGGCCUUCCGUCUGCAAUGGUGCCAAAAGUGCUGCUUCCACCGCCCGCCCCGGACCUACCACUGUCCCUGGUGCAACGUCUGUGUGGAAUGCCGAUACCUGCAGGGAUACAACCCCUUCGACCACGGCUGUGCCAGCAACUGGUAUUUAACAAUUUGUGCACCGCUGGGACCCAAGUACAUGGCUGAAGCUGUCUGGCUGCAGAGAGUGGCGGGGUCUGACUGGGUGCCCAUGCAGAACCUGCACUUCCCAGUGUGCCCCUCGGUGCUCAGUCCCCCAGCCCUCCCAGAACCUGGCUCUGGCCCCCCAGCCCCAAUCUCUGAGUCUCCACAAACCAGGGAAGGUUCCCUCAGGGAGAGGCUCUAG